AAGAGUCUGAAUAGGAGAGGGCAGACGAUUGUGUGGUGAAGUCGGACGUACAGAGCUCAAGGACCUUAUCUGACUGCCUGCCUCAGUUUCCUCAUAUGCAAAAUGAGGGCAAACAGAAUGUCAGACCUGAUGUAUUCAGCCCCCGCUGGGCCCCAGGAAGCCUGGGGGAGACGACUGCAUGUGAGGACAGACAGGCGGCAGCAGUGACAGGGUGACCACUCUGCUCCCCACGCCCUCCCCAUACAGGACAUGCACAACUUGGUGGCAAAGGGCUGCAAGGCCCAGAGUGGGGAGAGUGGGGACCCGAACCUGGGAUCGGAAGACUGCUAUCCUGCUCCCCAUUUAUCACCUGGGCCCCAAACAAAGUUCUCAGCUCGUUUCUGGAACCCUGCCCUUUGCAUCGGAGCCUAACCAGGAAUUUGGUCGAGGAAUGGACUGUGGGUCAGUGUGUCAGCCACACCCUCUCGCACCCAGCUGACACGUCCGUGUGCCAGACCCCUCCUCAGAAUGCCCCAGAAGGUCUGGCACACACACGCGGGUGAAUACCAGGCUGACCCCACUUGGCCCCAGUCCAAGAGCUCAGCACAUGACCCCCCCGUGAGACCCCAACUGUCCUCUGCCUCACGACCCAGGAUGUCAGAAUAAGGAGCUAGCUGGGCAAAGGUACGAUCUCCCACGGGAUGAGGACCUGCUGAGACCCUGCAUGCUUUCUGCUUCCCACCUGCCACUACGCUCCCAUCCCCCACAACCCCAGAAACCUGAGCACACACCUCCGGCUGCUCUGGGAACAGCCGCUCUCCGACAAGCAGGGGAAGGUGAAGAGAGCAGGUGGACACUGGGGCCUGGAAAUACCCUCCUCAAGGGCUGACUGUCAGCUGUACCCAUGUCUCCCUAGCAUGAGACACUCAUUAUUUUUAACAGAAGUGCUGACGUCCCAUGUUGAAUGGAGACCGCCAGUCUGCUGAGAAUGGAUGCUGCUGUGACCGUCUUUGCAGUCUGGCCCAUCUGCCAAAACCCACCAUGGGCUCAGACUCUGGGACUCUGCGGCCCCUGCUCUCACCCCGAGUUUAGCCCCCGCCUGCCCCAUGGCAGUCGGGUCACAGUGGGUCUCUGCCCUGGCCCACCUUGGGUGGUAGGAUACACAUGGCUGCCCAGAGACUGAGGCUCAGACCUCGGAUUCCAACCUGCUUCAGAGGCCUUCGCAGCGACAGUGACACAGGCUGCUUAUCCCAAGGGCUGAGAAAGGGGGUGGCCCUGCUGUUGUGACCAAGGGUGGGUGAGUGCUGCCUCAAACCGUGCGUCUGGGCACCUGACAUGCAUCACCUGGCCCUGAUUCGAAAUGAGGGUUUCCUGGGUGAGGAGCCCCAGAAAAUGACAGGUGUUUGUGCUUCUGUUCCCUUAUUUGCUGAAAGGAAAUCAACAACAUAUGCACUGAGAAUAAAAUGAGAGACGCCAGGAAAGCACUUGGCUGGCACUCAGCAAGCACUCAAUAAGUGGUAGGAAAAAACACCAUCCACAGGAGAUGCCAAUUGCUAGGCUGGGCCCACCCGGUGGAGGGCAGCAAACAGCCUGGCCACGCGGGCGUUCUCCAAGGGACCUACCAGCCCUCCAUCAAAACGUGGGCAAACGGGGUUAGUAAAUAGAGAGCAUUGAUCAGCUUGUGACAGACAAUGGGGCCAACUGCAAAGCCAACCCCACGGGCUCCUGAGCAGGGGGCGUCGAAGCUGGGCCUGGGUGCCCAGCAUUUAACCAGGAAACCGGUGUCGGGGUCUCCUCCCUGACCUCACUGGCGAUCUCGGGCGGCGCCUCGACUUUGCUUCUGGCAAAUGGAGCAGCAGAGCCGAACCUGCACCCGACCCCGCCGGUGGGCGCUCAUCUGGGGACCGCAGACCCCGUCGGGGGCCGGCCGUGCGGUUUAUCUGGGUCUGCAGAGCCCCUCGGCUGUGGCAGGGUACCCUGCUGCGGGGCUGCAAGAGGCACGCUGGAGGAUGGCAGUGGAAGAUGGAGGCCCGCCUUGCUGCCCCUGGAACCAUGAGCGAGGUCCGCAGGGACAGCACAAGCAGCCUGCAGCGCAAGAAGCCGCCCUGGCUGAAGCUGGACAUUCCAGCUGUGGCGCCCCCCGCGGCCGAGGAACCCAGCUUCCUGCAGCCCCUGAGACGCCAGGCUUUCUUGCGGAGUGUGAGUAUGCCGGCCGAGACAGCCCACGUCCCUUCGCCUUACCAUGAGCCCCGCCGGCCGGUGCUGCAGCGUCAGAUAUCCAUCACACAGACCAUCCGCAGGGGCACAGCUGAUUGGUUCGGAGUGAGCAAGGACAGUGACAGCACCCAGAAGUGGCAACGCAAGAGCAUUCGUCACUGCAGCCAGCGCUAUGGGAAGCUGAAGCCCCAGGUCAUGCGGGAGCUAGACCUGCCCAGCCAGGAUAAUGUGUCGCUGACCAGCACUGAGACCCCUCCCCCGCUCUAUGUGGGGCCGUGCCAGCUGGGCAUGCAAAAGAUCAUAGACCCCCUGGCCCGGGGCCGGGCCUUCCGCAUGGCGGAUGACACCGCCGACGGCCUGAGCACCCCGCACACGCCCGUUACGCCCGGUGCUGCCUCCCUCUGCUCCUUCUCCAGCUCCCGCUCGGGUUUCAACCGGCUUCCACGGCGGCGCAAGCGUGAGUCUGUGGCCAAGAUGAGCUUCCGGGCGGCCGCAGCGCUGGUGAAGGGCCGCUCGGUUAGGGAUGGCACGUUGCGCCGGGUGCAGCGCCGAAGCUUCACGCCUGCCAGCUUCUUGGAGGAGGACACGGCUGAUUUCCCCGAUGAGCUGGACACGUCCUUCUUCGCCCGGGAAGGAGUCCUUCAUGAGGAGCUGUCCACAUACCCAGACGAGGUGUUCGAGUCGCCAUCGGAGGCAGCGCUCAAGGAGUGGGAGAAAGCCCCAGAUCAGGCGGACCUCACGGGUGGGGCCCUGGACCGCACGGAGCUGGAGCGCAGCCACCUGAUGCUGCCCCUGGAACGCGGCUGGCGCAAGCAGAAGGAGGGUGGCGCCGCUGCCACGCAGCCCAAGGUGCGGCUGCGGCAGGAGGUGGUGAGCGCGGCGGGGCAGCGGCGGGGCCAGCGCAUCGCGAUGCCGGUGCGCAAGUUCUUCGCCAGGGAGAAGCGGCCGUACGGGCUGGGCAUGGUGGGCCGGCUCACCAACCGCACCUACCGCAAGCGUAUCGACAGCUACGUCAAGCGCCAGAUCGAGGAUAUGGACGACCACAGGCCUUUCUUCACCUACUGGCUCACCUUCGUGCACUCGCUCGUCACCAUUCUAGCUGUGUGCAUCUAUGGCAUCGCGCCCGUGGGCUUCUCGCAGCAUGAGACGGUGGACUCGGUGCUGCGGAACCGCGGGGUCUAUGAGAAUGUCAAGUACGUGCAGCAAGAGAACUUCUGGAUUGGGCCCAGCUCGGAGGCCCUCAUUCACCUGGGUGCCAAGUUCUCGCCCUGCAUGCGCCAGGACCCGCAGGUGCAUAGUUUCAUCCGAGCCGCGCGGGAGCGGGAGAAGCACUCAGCUUGCUGCGUUCGCAAUGACCGGUCCGGCUGUGUGCAGACCUCGGAGGAGGAGUGCUCGUCCACGCUCGCGGUGUGGGUCAAGUGGCCCUUUCAUCCCAGCGCCCCAGACCUUGCCGGCCAGAAGAGGCAGUUCGGUUCUGUCUGCCACCAGGACCCCAGGGUGUGUGAUGAGCCCUCCUCUGAGGACCCCCACGAGUGGCCGGAUGACAUCACCAAGUGGCCGAUCUGCACCAAAAACAGCGCGGGGAACCAUACGAACCACCCGCACAUGGACUGUGCCAUCACAGGCCGGCCCUGCUGCAUUGGCACCAAGGGCAGGUGUGAGAUCACCUCCCGGGAGUACUGUGACUUCAUGAGGGGUUAUUUCCAUGAGGAGGCCACACUCUGCUCUCAGGUGCACUGCAUGGAUGACGUGUGCGGGCUUCUGCCCUUCCUCAAUCCCGAGGUGCCCGACCAGUUCUACCGCCUGUGGCUGUCCCUCUUCUUACACGCUGGCAUCCUGCACUGCCUGGUGUCCGUCUGCUUCCAGAUGACCGUCCUGCGGGACCUGGAGAAGCUGGCGGGCUGGCACCGAAUCGCCAUCAUUUACCUGCUGAGUGGCGUCACCGGGAACCUAGCCAGUGCCAUUUUCCUGCCGUACCGGGCAGAGGUGGGCCCGGCCGGCUCGCAGUUCGGCAUCCUGGCGUGCCUCUUCGUGGAGCUCUUCCAGAGCUGGCAGAUCCUGGCCCGGCCCUGGCGCGCCUUCUUCAAGCUGCUGGCGGUGGUGCUCUUCCUGUUCACAUUUGGGCUGCUGCCCUGGAUCGACAACUUCGCCCACAUCUCGGGCUUCGUCAGCGGCCUCUUCCUGUCCUUCGCCUUCUUGCCCUACGUCAGCUUCGGCAGGUUCGACCUGUACCGCAAGCGCUGCCAGAUCCUCAUCUUCCAGGCCGUGUUCCUGGGCCUGCUGGCCGGCCUGGUGGUCCUCUUCUACUUCUACCCCGUGCGCUGUGAGUGGUGUGAGUUCCUCACCUGCAUCCCCUUCACCGACAAGUUCUGCGAGAAGUACGAGCUGGACGCCCAGCUCCACUGAGCUGCUGGCCACUGGGGCCACCUGCUCCCGGGCGCCGUCCACCCCGAGCCUUGCAGGCCACGGACGGGGCUGCCUGAGCCCCGUGUGGGGUUCUCAGGCCACGGACGGGGCUGCCUGAGCCCCGUGUGGGGUCCGUAGGCCACGGACAGGGCUGCCUGAGCCCUGUGUGGGGUCCGCCCGCGUCUUGGACACAGACCUCUUGUGCCUUGUUCACUGCUGUUGACCCUCUCGUACUUCUGGGCAUUUAUUACACUAGUUCCCGUGAUUCCCUUCUAACUAGUCUCUUGACGACCACCUCAGGUGGCCAAUAAAUGGACUGGGAGCGUUUUAGCUGCCACUAACUUGACCAGAGCUGCCUUCUGCUUUCUCGUUCCUGGCUGGGGGCUGUGGCGGGACGUUCCUCUCACUCACAAUUCCCCAGACAAGGAACGAAGUAUACAAAACACCUCCCAGGGAAGUCCCUCAGCCAGGUUGCACCCCCUGCCCCCAGCUCCCUUCCUAGUUACCGGUAGCCACAAUGGGAUACAGACCCAGGGAUGUGCUGUCAUUUCUCCCCCCC